AAUUACCCCCAAAAUGACACAUAUGACAUGGAAAUUAAUGGCAGCUGGUGAUUAGUAUAGAAGCUGCCGUUUAAAUAAUAGGGCUAUUUUGUCGCUUUGAGCAGCGCCCCUUACGGUAAAUGUCCUCCCACUCAGUAGAUUUACUGGUUCUGUCAUGCUAUGACUGAAUAAUUAUUGACUUUAUUUUAGUAGCAUAUUCCUGAUUUACAAAGUGAAAUGCCAAUAAUAAUAUUCACGUCCUAUUCAAAUAGCAUGCUUCAAAACUGUACAAUUGUUAAAUCACUGCUUCAAAGAUUAAGUCUUCAAGAAUAGAGUCUUCAGUCGCUCACGCAGUCUGUAAUCCCAAGCUAUUUUUGAGCUGCUACUAAUGUUACUCUCUAUGUAGUAAUAUGUCCGAGCAGCAUGGUUCCUAUUAAUCACAGGCAAAUGGAUCAUACUCUGCAUGCUUUUUAUAAGUGAGGAUCAUUAACCUAAAGUUUUUGUAAUAUUCUUGCAAAAAAAAACAUUAUGGUUCACACUCAUUUGAGUGUCAGGUGGAGGGGUGCCACAGAAUGAUAAAUAAUUGGCCCCUAACUACAAGAAUGAAUAAAAAUUAAAAUAUCGUGAACACACGAGUGCUGUUAACUAUUCAAGAUAUCCAACCUUGGACUACAUGCAUGCUCCAGACAUGUUUACUGGCAUGGUUCUAAUAAUAUAACAAGACUCUGGAGAUUUCAGGCUGAAACAGCGCAUUGCAAGUUUCAGCAGCUUUUUUUUUGGAACUUAUAUAUAUAAUUUAUACUGUUUAUGCGAGAGGAAAUGUAACAAAAAAUGCAAUAUUCGGGUAACCUUAGCCUAACCACUAUCAGCCCAAUUGCGAAGUACGUUCAAGUGAUCUUUGCUGCCAGUUUGGUUUGCGCUUUCCUAAGUAGAUAUUGAUAUGUUAACAGUAUACUGUAAAUACCAAAUAACUUGGGCAGAGUGUCGUCGCCUUCGAGAACAAUUCAAUAUAGGCGAUAAAUGCAACUUCUAACUUGCAACUUGCCCAGUAAAGUGAAUUCAUCCGGAACAGGAGCGAGCCGAGUUUUCUUUCAGCGCAUGCACUAAAUUCUAUAAAAGCCCAGCUAAAACUCGUCUGUUCAAACUGAGCAAAUGCACCGCGACAGGCAGAAUUACAAAAGAUUGGCUGGAUAAUCAAGCAUUUAUUUGCGAUCUCUCUCCAUCGCCUCGAAAUACGUUCUGCUCAGUUUGAAGUUUCCUUCCACCUCCAGAAAAAGUAGCGAAAGCAGCCACUUGUAUUCCGUGUUGUUCUUUUUAAAAAUUGUUAUUCGCUUUUUCGACAAACCUGGGCUCCCGUUUUAUGAUCCAACAAUUCCAACCCUGGCGUGAAAACACAGCCAGUGCCAAAAGAAACAUCAGUGCUUCAAUUAAAAUAAAAACCGAAAUAAUUCGCAUUGGACGAGGAAGGGAGUAAGUAAGACAACCCCCAGCGAUGUCCUAACAAGCGAAAAUUAACCUGCUAAACGCCCAGACCCUCUGGGAACAGUCACCCUGCAUCUCGCCUCUUUGGCGAGAAUUGAUGGGUUUGAGACGAGGGAUCUGCCCGCCCCUGUCGCCCCCCGAUUGGUAACGCGCAGCUGGAAGGGGGAGGGAUUUGGCCUGCCUCGUGUUAUAAAUAUAGAACAGUCACAAGCACCCAGCACAUUCAGCGAUCAUUAAUGAGUCUCGGCGCUGAAAUUUAUUUCGAGAGCUAUUCUUUUGCUGGAAGAGGGGGGGGGGGGGUGGAGCGAGAAUCUGUGCAUCAAUAACAAGAGUCUACCAUCGAGGUACACAACGGCGUCUCUUGCGAUUCCCACUGACCGGCUGAAAGGAAAGGGAAAUCCCAGUCUUCCAAGCAAGGAAAAAGUUAGAAGAGGGACUGUGUGAAGUUUUGCUUUAUUUUAAGGUGCUGUUGUCGUGUACAGCCAUCUUGAUCCCACGCCUGCAGGGCUAAUGUUGUAUCGCUCCUGCUUGUCGCCUCUGCAUGCGGUGGACUGUAGCUGCGUUGCCAAGUCUGAAGGAGUUAAAUGUGAAUCUGAUCCGCAUGUUGUGCUGAGAGAUCCGGAGGAGGGACAGGGGGGGGUGGGGGGACAUUUGCACUUUGCGUUUAUUUAAGGAUCUAUAUUGGUGUUUAUAAACAGUCUGCCGGGCAUUCAGGAACAAAAAAAAGGAAAAAGCCCAGACUAGACGGAAUAAGGCUGCUGGAGACAUGGAGAGUUGCCUGUUGGAGGUCUACCUGCUGUCUGCCCUGGCUUUACUGCACAGAUCGAGCGGGGCCGCCGCCAAGGAGCUAUUCUGCCAGGAGAUCACCGUGCCCCUGUGUAAGGGUAUCGGCUACAACUACACCUACAUGCCUAACCAGUUCAACCACGACUCGCAGGACGAGGCGGGCCUGGAAGUGCACCAGUUCUGGCCGCUGGUCGAGAUUCAGUGCUCGGCCGACUUGCGCUUCUUCCUGUGCAGCAUGUACACGCCGAUCUGCCUGGAGGACUACAAGAAACCGCUGCCUCCGUGCCGCAGCGUGUGCGAGCGGGCGAAAGCGGGCUGCGCGCCGCUCAUGAGACAGUAUGGCUUCGCCUGGCCCGACAGAAUGAGAUGCGAGAGGCUGCCUCGCCAGGACAGCCCCGAUGGGACCCUGUGCAUGGACUACAACCGCACCGAGCUGACCAGUGCCGCGCCCGCCGCCCCCUUCCAGCCCACGGGGCGGCCGACGCAUUCGGAGCCGGGCCAGGAGCGGGACCGGGGCCGUGGAGGAGCGGGACCGGCGCCGCCGCCGCCGCCGUGUCAAGCGGGUUGCCAGUGUCGGGCGCCCAUGGUGCAGCUGAAGAGCGAGCGGCACCCGCUCUACAACCGGGUAAGCACCGGCCGCCUGGCCAACUGUGCCGUGCCGUGUCACGACCCCUACUUCAGCGCGGACGAGCGGAGCUUCGCCGCUUUCUGGAUCGGCCUGUGGUCGGUGCUGUGCUUCGCUUCGACGCUGGCCACCGUCGCCACCUUCCUCAUCGACAUGGAGCGCUUCAAGUACCCCGAGCGGCCCAUCAUCUUCCUCUCCGCCUGCUACCUCUUCGUGUCGGCCGGUUACCUGGUGCGGCUGGUGGCCGGCCACGAGAGCGUGGCUUGCGGCCGCCGCCAGCUCGGCUCCGAGCAGCACGUUCACUACGAGACGACGGGACCGGCGCUCUGCACCGUGGUCUUCCUGCUGGUCUACUUUUUCGGCAUGGCCAGCUCCAUCUGGUGGGUCAUCCUGUCCCUGACAUGGUUCCUAGCCGCCGGCAUGAAGUGGGGCAACGAGGCCAUCGCCGGCUACUCGCAGUACUUCCACCUGGCCGCCUGGCUGGUGCCCAGCGUCAAGUCCAUCGCUGUGUUGGCCCUCAGCUCUGUGGACGGCGACCCGGUGGCCGGCAUCUGCUACGUAGGCAACCAAAACCUGGACAACCUGCGCGGCUUCGUGCUGGCGCCGCUGGUCAUCUACCUGCUGAUCGGCAGCAUGUUCCUCCUGGCCGGCUUCGUCUCCCUCUUCCGCAUCCGCCGGGUCAUCAAGCAAGGCGGCGGCGCCCAGACCGACAAGCUGGAGAAGCUGAUGAUCCGCAUCGGGGUCUUCACCGUGCUCUACACCGUUCCCGCCACCAUCGUGGUGGCCUGCUACUUCUACGAGCAGCACAACCGGCCGAGCUGGGAGGUAAGCCACAACUGCCACUGCCCGGGAGAUCAGUCACCGCAGCACGGUGGAGGCGGGCAGGCGGUCAGGAAACCGGACUACGCCGUCUUCAUGCUAAAGUACUUCAUGUGUCUGCUGGUGGGUAUCACCUCGGGGGUCUGGAUCUGGUCGGGUAAGACGCUGGAGUCUUGGAGGGCCUUCUGCACGCGUUGUUGCUGGAGCAGCAAAGGUACCGGCGGCUCUAUGUACAGCGACGCCAGCACCGGCUUAACCUGGAGAUCAGGCACGGCCAGUUCUAUGUCUUACCCCAAGCAAGUGCCGUUAUCCCAGGUUUGACUUCUCCUCGCACAGACUUUCAAACACCCCCCCCCCCCCCAUGAUUCUCGCCCAGCAUCUUUAUUAACAUGUUAAUGAACUCUAAUGGUAUCCAUUAGUCAGAAGUGAAGGAGUAACCGGUGCUGUCACUAAAUCAUUUUAAAUUCAUUUUAUAUGCACAGGACAAGUGUGGGAGGAAAAUCAUUUUCCACUGCAAUGUGCUCAAGAGGAGGAACUUAAAAAAACUGUCGGCAGUUUGUUUUGUGUACAAGCAAAGACUGAGUCCUCUUAAUUGCUGGCAUCUGUUAAAGUACACUUAAAACGGAGGAACAAAAAUGGCGUACUUGACACAUCUUAACAUACUGGGUGCAACAACCGGCCUUAAAAUCCUGUUUUUUUUAAAAAAAAGAAUAUAUCCCAUGUAAUACGGGUUUCUUGCAAAAGUUGUAUUUAUUUGUACUAUGAACGCAAACUUGUAAAUUGUGUAAAUAACAAAAGUGUUUUUGAAGUAUAUACAGAGUAUGUAAAUUUUUUGUAUUAAAAAAAAGUCUAGUGGUUGCUUCAGCCAGAGCAUCAGAAAUAUUUGAAGCAAUUAUUCUAUUUUGACAAUAAAACAACUUUUGAUUUAA